ACAAGAAGGACAUCAGUUUAGUGGAAGAGGUCGUCUCUGUUACCCACCAUGUUCACUUUUAUAUGUUUUGUAACAGUUGUAAUAUUAUUAUUAUUAUUACUAUGGGACACAAUUAAGCCCAAAGAAUAUCCUCCUGGACCAUCCUGGGUACCGAUUGUGGGAAACUUUUUAGAUUUCAGAAAAAGACUCGCGACUAUUGGAUAUCAUCAUUUGGUUUGGAAAGAAUUUUCUGAGGAAUACGGGAGUGUCGUUGGUUUAAAAAUGGGACGAAAUUUUGUGGUCACAGUUUUUGGUGCAGAUGCGGUUAAAGAAAUCCUCACAAGAGAAGAAUUUGAUGGAAGGCCUGAUGGAUUUUUUUUCCGAUUACGCACCUUUGGAAAAAGACUAGGAAUUGUGUUUUCGGAUGGACAAUUGUGGCAGAAACAACGUAAAUUUUCUCUGCAACAUUUACGUAAUUUCGGCUUUGGCCGAAAGGAAAUGGAAGAGAAAAUCGUUGAAGAAACUAGAGAUUUGAUUACUGUUUUUAAAAAACAGUGUUCUGAGCCUAUCUGGAUGCACACAGCUUUCGAUGUCUCAGUGUUGAACGUUCUAUGGGCUAUGAUGGCAGGAGAAAGAUUCGACAUAAAUGACGAAAGACUUAGAAAAUUGUUAAACAUUCUUGGUGACGCUUUUAAACUUACUGAUAUGUCUGGUGGUAUAUUGAACCAAAUGCCUUUUGUAAGAUUUGUUGCGCCAGAAACGUGUGGCUAUAAUCAGUUAAUGGACGUCUUGAUUCGAAUGUGGGAAUUUUUGCAGGAAACAAUUACUGAUCACAGAAAAACUUUAUGUAGUUUGCACGCCAGGGAUCUAAUUGAUGCAUUUUUACAAAAUAUGAAUAUAAAAAGCGAUCCUUCAUUUACGGAUGAUCAACUCAUGUCUUUAUGUCUCGAUUUGUUCAUGGCGGGUUCUGAAACUACCAGUAAUACUUUGAGUUUUUCCGUGGUGUAUAUGCUUGAAUUUCCAGAAAUUCAAAAAAAGGUGCAAGAAGAAAUGGAUGAAAUUGUAGGACGCAAUCGAUGGCCGACUUUACAAGAUAGACUUAAGUUGAAAUACACAGAGGCCGUUCUAAUGGAAAUUCAAAGACGUGCCAAUAUUCCUCCUCUGGGAAUCGCACAUCGAGCAACACGCAAAACAAACAUAUUUCAGUAUGCUGUACCAGAAGAUACUAUUAUUUUAACAAGUUUGUACAGUGUACACAUGGAUGAGAAAUUUUGGAUAGAUCCAUUAGCUUUUCGACCAGAGCGAUUUCUUGACAAAAAUGGAAAUUUGAGUGUAAAUGAAAAAUAUUUUCUACCUUUUGGAUAUGGAAAACGUCGUUGUUUGGGUGAAUCUUUGGCGAAAGCAAAUUACUUUUUAUUUUUUACAGCGUUACUGCACAAUUUUUAUUUGGAAAAGUCUUUCGAGGGACCUUCACCACAACUCGAAGGUGUCGAUGGAGUGACUAUAUCACCUAAACCGUUUAAGGCUAAAUUAAUUCCAAGGAGCGAUUAAAUAAAACACAACUUAUCGAUGUUAAGUUAUUGAUAAUUAUUGUUAGUUAUUAUAUUAUACCGUAUGAUCCAAAAGUUUUCUCAUAAAGGGAGGCUGUCAUCAGCGCACGUAAGACAUGAGAGAUAGAGAGCUAAUGUAUUGGAAAGAAAUAGGAUAAGCUUACGUAUAUUAACUACCGUCUUCUUUUACGAGAACUAUUUUGGGUUUUUAGAUCAUUUUUUUUUAGAUAAUAAGCAAGAUCUUAUAUUUUAUAGGGGGUGUUUCAAUAAUAAUAAAUAAUAACAAUAAUAAUUUAAUCGUAUACAAAAUUAUAAAAAUGUUGUUUGGUCUCAUCUAAAAUAUAUCUUAGAGGAUAUACAGUGUGAGUCACUAAGCGCUCGGUCCUCGAUAUCUCAUUAAGUCAUUAAUUAUUUGACAAAGUCAAACACUUGAAGGAUCAUACACUACAAUUGUUAUCAACUACGAGAUAAGAGUAUCGUGUUUUGUUGGAAAUAAAGACAUUAUCAUUAUCAUUAAGGCGUAACAUACAACUUAGUUUUUUUAAUGGAAUGCCCUAUAUACACAUUUUACAUAUUCUGAGCCUAAGAAGAGGUCAGGCUUUAUUACCACAAUUUGUUUUUGCAAUUCUAAUGCGACGUUGCCACGUUAUUCCAAUUUUCUUGAAAAAAUUAUUACACUUUUCAUAUAUCGAUAUUUCAGUUUUUUCAAAUAGAGCACCCUCUAUUUUCUUACUGCAUCUUAAUCUUCUUUUUGUUGUUUUUUCUUUAUUAAGAAACACGGACAUAUCGAAAAGAAAGAGAAAAACAAGAGUAAAAUGCAGUAUUAAAAUAAAGGUACAAAAAAGCUGAAGGUAUGAAAAGAUAUUUGAAAAUCGUAACGUUUUAGAAUUUUUUAUAAACACUCUGUAUAUUAAAAUUGUAUUUAAUGGAUACCACAACAAAGUGCGUACCUCUGCUUAUUUCCCCAUUAAAUAUUGCACAGAGAUCUUAAAAAUAACAUAUCUAUAGUCUUUGCCAUUUCUAUUGAAACACCACUGGUUAAUCGUAAAUUUGGCAACGUUCAUAUUCAGACAAUUUUGUAACUAAAAGCCGUUGUCAAUCAACGGAAAGCUAUUACCAAUUGCUAAAUUUUAAACAAAAUCAACAGGUGGUGUUUGAAUAGAAACGGCAAAGACAAUAUAUCUAAUAAUAAUUUAUGAGAUUUCGAGGACCGCGCGCUUAGUGACUCACUCUGUAUAUGUACAUAUGCAUACACAUGAAAACAUAGAACAUGAAAAACUAUAAUAAAAUUAUCUUGUAGAUCAUUUACAUUUAAAACAAUUUACAAAUUUAUCUACAGAUUAGAAAAUGUUUCUAGUAAAAUUAGUUUGGGUUUUUUUUGAUAAGUUCUGUUUGGACGAUGAUAUGAAGUAACUAAUAAUUCCUGACUUCUGGCACAAUAGCUACGAGUUUUUUUGGCAAUAAAUACUGGUAUUCAUAUGCGUUUAUGAAUGUGGUUGGUAGGUAUUGUAAAUACAGACAGAGCAACGGUAAA